GUCUUUUAUUGUUAUAUUUUUCAGAAUAAAUUUCGGAUUGUUUAAGAUUAUCAUAGUGUUAAAUCUGAACCUUGAUAAUAAGUUACCAAUGGUGACCUGAACCCUGAACCUUAAUCUUUUUCUAAGUAUGGGAUCUAGUACAGACGACCUCAAGGCGAGGAUGAAACAGCUGAAAUUUCCGUCGGCCGACGAAUCUGGAGCAUUCAGUCCUACUCCAAGUCCAGGGGGCUCCCUCUCUGCCCGUCCUGUUCGUCCCCGUCCUUCACUAGUCGGACUACCAUCCAAUAUAGGACUAACAUCUCCUCUUACUAGGAGACAAAAUCCUACCUCAGUUAAUCUAAACGAACCACUGUCGAGAGCAAGAUUAAAAUUUGACAGUUUCCCGCAACAAUCCCGGGACGAAUAUGAACGAAAACUCGAGGAUAUCAUGAAACUCACUGGAGUACUAACAAUAGACGGGAAGAAAUACAAAACUCCGAUUACAGACUUAGAACCUAAAGGAGAUCUUGGGAACGGAACGUGUGGAAAUGUCGUCAUGAUGAAACAUAAAGAGACGGGGAAGAUAAUUGCAUGUAAGCAAAUGCGCCGAACGGGAAACUCCGAGGAGACGAAGAGAAUCGUCAUGGACAUGGACGUGGUACUUAAAUCCCAUGACUGUAAAGAGAUUGUUGUCUGCCUAGGCUGUUUUAUAACGAUCAGUGAUGUAUGGAUCUGUAUGGAGUUGAUGGCAACCUGCUUUGAUAAGUUGCUAAAGCAGAUAAAGACGGGGGUACCUGAACAUAUUUGCGGGAAGGUGGCUGUUUCAACGCUCAAUGCAUUAAAUUAUCUCAAGGAUUCCCAUGGUGUGAUCCAUAGAGACGUUAAACCUUCCAAUAUUCUUCUCGAUUACGAGGGAAAUGUGAAACUCUGUGAUUUUGGAAUUUCAGGUCGUUUGGUUGACUCCAAGGCUAAGACCCGUAGCGCCGGGUGUGCCGCUUAUAUGGCGCCAGAGAGAAUUAAUCCGCCAAAUCCUAGUAAACCGGAUUACGACAUCCGGGCCGAUGUGUGGAGCUUAGGGAUUACCUUAGUAGAGCUAGCAACUGGACAUUUCCCGUAUAAAGACUGUAAAACAGAAUUCGAGGUUCUAACAAAAGUGAUUCAAGACGAUCCUCCCAGUCUACCGCUAGACUAUUCACCAGAAUUCCGACAAUUUGUUCAUGAUUGCUUGCUCAAGAACCACAAGGAUCGACCGAAGUACAAGAAGCUGCUGGAACAUCCCUUCAUCCUCAAGUACAGGGAUAAGGAUGUUGAUGUUGGAGCCUGGUAUUACAAGGUUGCCAAUCAUUCAGGAGAUCCUAACAAGGCUGCGGAGCAUCUCGCAAUGAAAGCUGCGCUAGGAAUACGAAAAUCCUCCCUCGAACAGAGGCAUGAGACACAAACCUUCAAACCUCAACCUAGUCCUAGGAUGGUCAAGUCCUGGAGAAUGCAGCAGAAUCAGUUCACCAGCUCGGAGGAGCAUAAACCCACAUCUAACACCACCAGUCAUGAUUUCUCCAGGUUGAAGUUUUACACAACCAACCAAGAUCCCCUCCCUUCAGAGCUAAAUUUACAGAAACCAACUCUAUCGCCUAGGAAGGAAGACUAUGCGUCUAGGUACAAUGAACCAACAUCACCACGGUAUGAUAAUCCCCGUCUCCAGGAGUUAUCUAUGAAAUCCUACGAAUAUAGCAGUCCUGGAGGAGGAGGAAGUAGAUACGAAACACGUUCUACCAACCUGGAGGGUGGAAGGUUGAACCUGAACGGUUCCUUGAGCAGAAACAGCCAUACGUCCUCCUAUCAUGGAUCCGCAGCCUCAUCCUACCUCUCCCGGCCAACCUACUUGAACUCUAGAUCUCAUGACGACUAUCCCUCACAGUUAAAAUCACCAACUUCAAAACGCUACGACUCACACUUAGAGACUAAUUCUCCGCGCGAUUACUCCCAUAGUUCACCACGCAAGUAUUCAUAUGAGAAUUACGAGUCUUCUCGCGAGUAUACUCCUAAAGGAAGCAGAAAAUACGAUUACUCCGAUUCAUCUUCAAGUGCUCGAAAAUUAGAAAGUUCUCGAAAAACCGAUCUAUCUCCCGAAACCCAACAAUGGUCGGAGAGAGGUGAAGCCACGCGCACUGUAGACCGGAGCCGGGACUUGCAAAGCGCUCGUAAAUAUCCUCCGGUUCCGGAGCAAACAAGGGGUCGGGAUACGUCCAGGGAGUCCCGAAACUUUCUUCCGUCCCUGAAAUUUUCCUCCUGGACUCUUUCAUCUCCGCUGAGUUUCCGAAAGUUUCGGACCUCUAGUAGUACGGAUCGAACCUCGAACUUUGAUGCUAGCAGGAGACAGCAUCCGACCUACCGGAGUCUGAACGAACGGGACAAAACGUUUUAUUCAAGCAGCGGAAAGAGUGAUAAUUUGUAGACCUUGACAUCGUUGUAGUUCGUGAUAUAAACCAGUGUUGUUGUCAGGUCUAACUUACGCCUAAAAACUGCAGGAUGCUUUUUCCCACAACUAAUUGUUAAAGAAAAAAAUCAAAGGUUGGGCGGAGUAUUGAAUUCACCUUGUGCCAUCAUCAAAAAUUUAAGAUUAUUUCUUUUAAUUUUGCCACAAAAAAGGGGGGGUUUUCGUUAGGAAUGUUUAAGAAAAACUAAACAAUAACAAUGAAUCAAAGUCUGUGCCAUAGGAUCCGUUCGGUUUUGAUGCUUAUCCGUCCUAUGAAAAAUGAAUCCGGACUGCAAUUAAAACAAAUAUUUUUUUGUUCUGAGCUUUUGGUCAUAUAUUUUUAAUUCUGAUGUGGAUCUAAAUACAUCCAGAGAUUAUCAGGAGGACUUGUCAAAUUCAAUGUUAAGUUUUUCUGAUUAUUUGGGUUGAUUUUAUGCCUUGGAUCCGGAUUCAUGAAGAAGUCUAGAUUUUAAGCACUGCAAAAAAGGGAAAGAGGCUCAUGAUUAGAUUAUAAUUGUUUAUAAAUGUUUAAAGUGUUGUAUAAUCGUCAAUAUGUCCAGAAACACAGUCGGUUCUUUUUUUGGGUUCAAAAUCAAAAUCGACGAAACUCUUCAGUACAGGUUGAUUAAGUAUUAACCUCAAUAUAGUCAGUAACUGAGAAUAUAGCGACCCUAUACACAGAUUGUAUUUGUAUACAUUUAAUAGUAGACGAUGUUAAUGUAAUUCAUAUCAACAUUCUACCUUGGUUCUUAUCUUAGAAGCAUAUUUUUUAAAAUCCCCAUCCCUCUGGAAUUAGGAAAAAUUCACAUCAACUUAAAAAUUAUUUAUGUCUUUAUACAAAAGUAUUUAUGAAAACCCUCGAAAAUAUGCAAUAAAUUAGGUGUAAUUUCAAGUAAGCCAAUUUAUAGAGUGGUAUAUCAGAUUUACAACAAUACUCAACACUUUGUCUGAUCAUGAUCGAGGAGGAAUGAGAUAAACUUACUUUUUAUCUGAAAAUGGACUUUCUCAAAAAAGCUACUCGCGAGCUGUUACUGCAGAGACUGAGAAGGAAACUUUUAAUAUUAGAGGGUAUCGUUGUGAAUAGAACAUGCCACUUAUGUAAAGGAGGGUCACAUGAAAUUACAUCUGAAGUCCUUAGAACUGAAAUUAAACAUCUCAAUCAACCUCUAGCCAAGGUUACAAUGCAAGGAAAUUUAAUUGCAACAGCGUAUACUCUGCGUACAUAUCGAAACCAGUUCUCUCUGGGCGGAAUUUGUAAACAAGUAUAGAUGCAUGCAUUAGUGCUCGUUGGGUAUCCGAGGAGAAUAAAAGCAUUCAACUUUGAAAAUUUGGAUAAUUCUCAUAAUAGUUUCCUAUGACCAGAUUAUUUCAUUGGUUUUUUUUAUGUGAAAGAUAGACCCCAUGUCAGGCUGAGACAUCCGUCUUGUGUUUACAUUACCGCCCAGAGACAGUACACCUCUGAAAUAACUUUCCUUGCAUUAUAGCCUAGCCUCUAGCUAGGGUUCUGAAGAUAUAUACUUACUAAAUGUAUGGUAUGAUUCCAUCUAGUAUUAACUGAUUGACAUUAAUAUUGUUUUUGUUAUAAUUGUUAAAGUUAUGUAUGCAGACAUCUUAACAAAGCAUUCAAAAAUAAAUAGAUAAAAUAUUUUU